AGAGGAUAUUAAAUUAAUCAGGCAUAUUUAACGGCGAUACACUCGCUAAAAGAACAAGCUCGAUAUCUUUUUGCCAGUCUAAGAAAUAGAAUGUCCUUGUCAGCUCCUCACCAAUGAUUCAUGGCCAAAAAUGUUGAUGCACGUUGGCAGAGUGAAUUUCUACCUAUUGUUGCAUGAAACUUUUUGAUAACUAUGUAAAACACUCAUCUCUCUUCCAGCUGUCACAGCAGAAUACUGUUGAUUCGUUAGAGGACGUCCUUUUGUUUUCCUUUGCAACUGAAAUCCCAAAACGGAGAUACGCCGAGCUCAUUGUUGCUAAAAGAAAAUUCAAUGUCCCAAGUAUCUAGGAGUCGAAGCUCUUGAAGAGAAAGUAUUUUGUACAUAAGAUAGAUCACUUAUUAGGGAGGAGGAACAAGAAAUAACAAGAACCACUCUCUAUAAGGUGUCACUGCAUACUUCUCUUGAUUCUGUAUGGGUCAUUGAAUGCGUUUGAUGAAUCACUUAAACUUUCUCAUAAUAGAAAGCUCGAAGAUUGGUCACGAACAUGUGAUACUAUGGCAUCUAUAAAAAGGUGACAGUAGUUGAGCGCUCGUCCUCGUACUCGGCUAAUCACAUUUUUUGCUCAGAAGUAAGACCACAGAAUCUUGUCUGCACGUAACCAUAAUUGCCUAGUCUUCUUGACAUCUGGUCUUUUGUCACCAUUUGAACUUUUGUCUUUUGGCUAUGGUUGAAGUUCUCUUCUUGGUUUCUUUUUCACGAAAUAAAUUUCCUUCUGUGCUUCUUCUUCUUCUUCUUCCAUAAUUCAGUUCAUUCAGAGAUUAACACACGGUAAUAUUUUGUGGGUCGGGUUCUGUUGAGGUCGCCGAGGAACGAUGAGUUCGGAGGGUGUGAAGGAAGAUUGUCUUGGUUGGGCCGCCAGAGAUCCUUCUGGACUUCUCUCCCCCUACAAAUUCAGCCGCAGGACCGUGGGAAGCGAUGACAUCUCGAUUAGGAUCACGCACUGUGGAGUGUGCUAUGCAGAUGUUGUUUGGACUAGGAAUGAGCAUGGAAACUCCAAGUAUCCUUUGGUGCCAGGGCACGAGAUAGUUGGGAGUGUGAAAGAGGUUGGCUGCAGUGUCCAAUGCUUCAAAGUCGGCGAUCGUGUAGGCGUGGGAACUUAUGUUAAUUCAUGCAGAGAGUGCAAGUAUUGCAAUGACGGGCUAGAAAACUACUGUGAAAAGGGACCGGUUUUUACUUUUGAUGGAAUUGAUGCGGACGGUACGGUCACGAAGGGAGGAUAUUCUAGUUACAUUGUCGUCCAUGAAAGAUUCUGCUUCAGGAUACCAGAAAACUACCCGUUGGCUUUAGCACCACCGUUGCUCUGUGCUGGAAUCACAGUAUGCACUCCAAUGAUGCGUCACAAGAUGAACCAACCUGGUAAGUCUCUAGGCGUAAUUGGACUCGGUGGGCUCUGUCACAUGGCAGUUAAAUUUGGGAAGGCUUUUGGACUGAAAGUCACAGUGUUCAGUACAAGCAUUUCUAAAAAGGAGGAAGCACUGAGCUUGCUUGGUGCUGACCAUUUCGUUGUCUCAUCUGACCCAGAACAGAUGAAGGCCAUGAAGUCCCUGGACUUUAUAAUAGACACAGCAUCCGGCGAUCACUCAUUCGAUCAUUACAUGUCUCUUUUGAAGACAGGCGGCGUUCUAGUGUUGGUUGGGUGAAGUUAAAUUCAGUCCAGCGAGCCUUAACCUCGGUAUGUCUUUGUUCACAAAGCUCAUUACUUCAUGAAAUCUUGAUACCUAAUAGGUGAACAAGCUAAUUUGCUCGCAAUAUGAAAACUGUUUCAGGUAGCAAAACGGGAGGAACAAAGGAUAUCCCAAAAAUGAUGGACUUCUGUGCGGCGCAGAAAAUAUACCCAAA